UAAACCAUAACUUCGGAUGGCAGUGAACAGGAGAAGAAGUGAACAUUGUUUCCCAAAACGCUCUCAAUCAGGAGCAGGAGAAAGUUACGUUUCAUAACAGUAUAUAGAAAAAUAUCUCAUCAUGUCAGCGGGUAAAAAUUUCAGGAGAAGAAAAGAGGAAUCUUCUGAUGAAGAGGAAUCUGACGAAGUAACUGCAGAAGUCAGGACCAAACUUGAUGAAGCAAAGGAGCUACAGAGUUUACGGAGGAGACAGAAAGGUGUGAGUUUAGUGUCGUUACUUGUGGGAGAAAAGUUACCACUGGAAGCAGAGAUAGAGGAUGAUCCAUUUAAGCUCAAGACAGGAGGCAUCGUGGACAUGAAGAAAGUGAAAGACAAAGCCAUAGAUAAUACAGAGGAUGAUCUGAACCUGGGAACUGCUUUCUCUGCUGAGACGAACAGAAGAGAUGAAGAUGCAGACAUGAUGAAAUACAUUGAAACAGAGCUGAAGAAGAAGAAGGGGUUGUUGGAGGCAGAGGAGCAGAAGGUGAAGAUGAAGAAUGCUGAGGAUCUCCUGUACGAGCUGCCUGAGAACAUCCGUGUCAAUUCUGCCAAAAAGACUGAAGAGAUGUUGUCCAAUCAGAUGCUUAGCGGCAUCCCAGAAGUGGACCUGGGAAUCGAUGCAAAGAUAAAGAACAUAAUCACUACAGAGGAAGCCAAAGCGAAGCUGAUUGCUGAGCAGAGGAAUAAGAAGAAAGACAGCGGUACCUCAUUUGUUCCCACCAACAUUGCCGUGAACUACGUCCAGCAUAAUCGCUUCUACCAUGAAGAUGUGAACGCACCUCACAGACGCCACCGAGAAGAGCCUAAAGCACGACCACUGCGUGUUGGAGACACUGAGAAACCAGCACCGGAAAAAUCACCACCCAACUACCGCAAGAGACCAAACAACGAGAAAGCCACAGAUGACUAUCAUUAUGAGAAAUUCAAGAAGAUGAACCGAAGAUACUGAUCCAUCAAACAAUCCAUACUUUGCAAAAAAUCAACUCUGAUGCUGAAAUUGUGCAUCUGUUAGAUACCAUUUUACCACCUAGAGAAAUGAUUUAUGAAUUCUCAAGAGCUGGUGGAACAAUUAGCAAAUAUCUUCUUUAAGAUCUGGCAAGCAGAAGUCAUACUGAAAAUAAUUACAUUUGUACAGAUAAAUACAGCUAAAAAGAUUUUACCUGUAAAUAUAAUGUGUAAUCAGCAAAUCACAAGGGAUACUUGCUGAAUUAUUUUAUGUUGAUGAAUGUGAAUUAAUUCAUGUUAAUGUUGCAUUGUGUACGACUUCAUUAAAAGCAGUCAACCAAAAUUAUUUGAAGCAAGAAAAUAAAUAUUUGUCAAAAAUUCAAA